AUGAAUUCGAAAGUGUGCAUCUUCGUCAUCGCCGAGGGCCAGGAGCAUCCUGUCAAGCUGAGCAAUGCCCUUUACGACAGUACUUUGCCCAAGAGCAUCAUUUCAAAGAGCAAAGCGGUGGCGACCCGCGGUGCCAUUCGCCCCAACACACCAACCACUUUGACCGAUCACACGGGAACGGGUCAUGUCUCCACUUCUCACAUCUCCUUGCGAUGGUACUAUGAUGACGGCACUCAGACUUUUCCCGAAACAUUCUACAUUGUCGACAAAGUAACGGCCAAUGACACGGACAGUACCCGUCAAGAAGACAGAGACCACCACUGGGACGCCAUGCUCCGCAGUACCGUCGAACCGCCGUCCGCCGCUCUGGGCCCCCAGGUCAACCCGAUAUGCGCUGCGCCCCCGGGAGUCGAUCCCCGGCGGGAGCGCGAAAGGAAAGAACGGGCCGAGACGAACCAGCAGAAAUUCGAGAGGGAGAAGGAAUUGCAGGCCAAGAAGAUCCGGGAUGCGUUCGCUUCGAAGCAGGCCGGGCCGGGAAAGCGAGGAUGA